GUUGAUUAGCUUGUAGUAUAAUAUCAAGACAGUUGAUAAAAUAUAAUUAGACCGCUACAGCGCGAAAUACGGUAAAGAACAACGGUGUAAUGAAAUACACGCUAUCAACAAAUCAAAAGGGCUGAAGGUGCAUUUUUAUCUUGAUUUUGUAAAAAGCGGACGUUUAUUACUUUAUUGCUGCGGAAAAAUAUUUUAUGAUUUCAAAAUUUCAAUCAAAAAAAAUCAAAAAAGUAUAAACAAAAAAAAAAAAGUAUAUACAUAAAUGAAAUAAAAAUAGAAACUGUUUUAAAAGUGAAGUGCGCGUUUGUUAUAAAAAUAUUAAAUUUAGAAAAUAAUUCUAAAUUCUUAAUUCAUAAACACAUACAAUUCCAAACGCUACAAAAUGAGCGGUGUCCUACGUCGUGGCUCACUGAACUUCGACUGCAAUUUGAAGGGCAGCAAUUCGCGCGGUAGCAUCGAAACAAAUUUAUAUGGCGGUUAUCGCGAUCCAAAGCCGCAUACGCCGGAAAUCAGCGUAAUCGCUUUAGAUUUUCGUCGCUACUCGGAGGACUUAAAAAAGGAUUCAGUGUUGAAUGAAGGCCUGCCACCACGCAAAGUCGGCGAUUUGAGUCAAGAUGUCGAUGCGGAUGUGAUCUCGAAUUUUAUUGGACAUCAUGGCAGAUGGCAAUUGAUUUGGACAUUUCUGCUUACGCUCUUUCAAAUACCACCGACAUUUCAUUUGUUCAUCUACACAUUUCAGACCAUCGCCAAGGACUACUGGUGUGCACGCCCUGACACCGCACCCGAUAUGGAUGUGUCGCUGUGGAGAAAUCUAAGCCAACCUGCUGGCGCUUGUUCUAUACUAAAUUUGAAUUAUUCGCUGUUACCUGAAUCCGCUGGCACCGCUGACUCCGCACAACUUAUACCAUGUACCAAUUUUGAAUUCUCCCGUGAAGAUGGUAGCGCACGCUCGGUAAUUGAAGAGUUCGGCUUGGUUUGCACUCGUGAGCAGUUGGUGAGUGUGGUAGAAAUGUGUUUCUUGGCCGGCGCAGCGGUCGGCAGUGUUUCGAGCGGCUGGAUCUCCGAUCGUUUUGGUCGCAAGCAUACGCUGAUGGGUUUCGUUUUGGUACAAAUUGUGUCUGGCACCUUAGUAGCUUACUCCGCCAAUUUGGCUAUGUUCAUGUCGGUGCGUAUGCUUGCCGGUUUCGCCUCCAUGACUGUGACUGUAGUUAGUUUCGUUCUCGUCGUUGAGUUGGUUUCUGGCAAAUGGCGCACCAUAACGGGCAUCUUAAAUAUUUUACCAGUUCCGAUUUCGUAUAUUCUCAUGGCUGUCAUAGCAUAUUUUGUACGCGACUGGCACAAUCUACAAUUGGUGAUUUCGCUACCUUGGUUAUGCUUAUUGCCGAUUUGGUACUGCAUGCCAGAGUCGCCGCGUUGGCUACUCGCACAAGGGCGUCUCAAUGAUUUAUAUGCACUAGUAGAACGUGCUGCCCAGCUCAAUCAACGCACACUGCCGCCAAACUAUAAGAAGACACUUGAAGCUGCAGCACCGGCACCAAUACCAAAGCCCAUCAAUGGAUCAGCUACGGACAAAGGUCAGCUGACGAACAUACAAACACAACAACAACACACACUACCAGCAUUUAUGACGGUGGCUGAAGGGGGUGCUCACAGCAUUGAAACGACAAUCGCCAGCGCUACCGAAGCUAUACCCAAUAUUCAUGAUAAUCCAUUAAAGGUGGUCUUUAAUCGUUUUUAUUGGCGCACAACUUGUCUGAAUUUGAUUGUCUGGUUGACUUUGAUUAUCGUCUACUAUGGUUUGACCUUACAUUUGAGCAAUUUGGGUGGUGAUAUCUAUUUAAAUACGAUCGUCGCCGGCGCAAUUGAAGCGGUCUCUGUUUGUGUGAGCAUUUUUGUGGUGUUGAAAGUGGGUUUGCGGCGUAGUCUGAUAGCAUAUAUGCUAGUGCCCGGAAUUUGUUGCUUAGCCACAAAUCUUGUACCAAGCGGGGAUGAUAACCAAACGGCGGUGGUAGCGAUGGCAAUAAUUGCAAAAUGCGUUAUUGGUGCCAACAAUGCCAUUAUUCCAUCAUACACCGCCAUGCAGUAUCCAACGGUUGUGCGGAACUUUGGAGUGGGCAUGGGCAAUCUGGCAGCCGGUACUGCUUUGAUGUUAGUACCAUAUAUGUGGCUUUUGGAACACGUGGACCCACUGCUACCAAUGAGCAUAAUGGGUGUAUGCGGAAUUAUUGGCGCUAUUUCGUUAUUCCUUAUGAAGGACAUUGAGCACUAGAAAUAGAAGUAUGUACCAUAUAAAAGAGGGGCAACUUGAGAAAAUGGCGGUUUUGACAAAUGCCUUCAUUUGAAUUGCAUAGGCCUGAGAAUGUUAAUGAAUUUAUUAACAUUUUCUGCUGUAACAACAUAAAAUAUACGUAAUAUUAACAUAUUAAACGCAUUGGCCAACAUUUCGAAGCUGUCUAAACUGUGAUUAAAGUAACUAUUUGGCAUUUUGCAAAUGUAAAAAAAUUGUACAAAAUUUCUUCUCUAAGGAUUAAAUAAGUAAUAAAGGAUAUAUAAAAUUUAUACGCAUGUAGAUAAAAGUAAAUAAGGGAAAUAAUAGUUUAGAAAAUUAGUAUUUUAAUUACUAGAAAAUAAUUUUAAUGUCUAUAGUCGCACUUAAAAAAUAUGUAAUUGGAAGCUGAUUUUUAUUUUUUCUAUCUACUAAAAUAUGUUUCUUAUUAUAAAAAUAUUGUUUUGUAAGCUAGCAGUAGAAGAAUAAACGCUAAAAUAAGCGGUUGCAAGUAGAGCAUCAAUGCAAACUUGACUAUUAUAUUUUCUGUAAGUUUGGUGAAAUUGAAAAAAGCUGAGUUGAGCGUUCUUUUGCUGCUCGCUUACAAUAAAUAGUCUCUAUAUAUAGUAUGUAUAGUAAUAUUUGAAUACAUUUUUUAACAUUAAAUUAUUAUUAAAAUUACGAAAAAAUAGCAGAUACAUUUGUAUGCAUAUAUUUUUACUAUAAAUUAAUUUUGUUUUGUUAAAAUUUCAACCGGCCAAAUAAGUAAUAAAGCUUUUUUGUAAAGCUCUAUCUUUUAGAAGCACCACUGAAAUUGGGUAAAAGCUCUAAUUUUGCAAGCUUGCCAGUAAAUAACUCAUAAAGCCGAAGAAGAAAGCUUUGACUUUCUUGCAGAUAGCAUAUACAUAUUUACUAUGUUAAAGCUUAGUUAAGCUCAAUUAAAUUAAGUGUAUGCCGAUGAAUCACACUGCUACGGUUUUAAAAUGUAAAAAAAAUAUGUAUCAUAAUAUUAUAUAGUAUUAUAAAUAAAUAAUCUUAACAAUUA